AUGGAGGGUUAUCCUGGUAGAGAUCAUCAAUACCACUAUGAUGCAUGUAGCGCGGCCCAGAGCCCUGCUCACCACAAUUCAUCAUCGUUCAUGUCAGCUGGUCGAUUUAAGAUGCCACACCUACCACGACGAGGAAUACCACGGACGACAAGUCAGCCGUUCGCACAAACAUCCUACUUAGGACACGGGCAGUCGUAUCUGCCUUUUCCUGACGACGAGCCGCAUCAUGGCGAGACAUCCUUACUGAACUUUACAUAUCAAAACGACCUUGAGACGCUGCAGUCUCCAGUCACUGAUUUCAUGUAUGACUACCGACAGGUCCCGCUGGCGCUGAACGCAGAUCAAUAUGGGACGCACAACAUGAUGUCGGCGGGACUCUCCCUACAUUACGGUACACCUCAGACUUUCAACAUCUAUGCCUCGAAUACAUCAUACCCAAGAUCAAUCAAACCAACACCCGAAUACAGCAUGCAGGAAUUAAUCCAGAACGAGCAUCAAGUAUAUACGACGUCAAAGCCCAUCAUAAGCAGUUGUCAUUCCGACUACCCGUCACAAUCUCAGAUCACUCAACAAACUACAGCAGAAGACAACAUCAUAAGCCUGCGCGAUGCGUUUGAGCAUUACCAAAUGCAGACAAAGGAAAUCUUUACACUAGUGAGGGAUCGUCAGCUGGAACCGACAGCAGGUCUGCUCCUUCAAAUCUCACGGUUCCUGAUAGGCAACGUGCAAGCUCUGGGCCUUGACCGAGACGACAUAAAACAAUAUGAAUACCGACUCAGGCUCUGGGAUAUCUUUAACAACUGCUGGUUAACGGUGUUGUAUUCGCAGUACAAAACGACGCAGGUCAUGGCGCAAACUGGACAGUACACGCUACUCGGACAAUCAGUGAUGACUUCCGACACUCUGGAAGCGAUGGGUCGAGAGCUCGUUAGACUAUGUGAUAGCAUAGAGAAGAUGGGACUAGUAGACUAUCAAAUGGGUGUUGCCGAGGAACGCAUCAUUGAUGCAUCUCCAGCAAACAAACUAGGUAUGCACAUCACAAACAAGGAAUCGAGCUCGGUGCAGAUUUCCACAUGGGAACCGAUAGCUUUGGCAUACGCCAGGCUAUUGUGUUUCCUCUCGUCUUACCAUCGAGCGUCCUCUUCACAUCCCUCAGAGGUAUCGAGUGUUCAUCUCUCGAUUCAGUCUACAGCCAUAAUAGACAUGGGACUUCCUGACACUCCUGGAGAGCUCGCCAACGGCAAGCUCGUAUGCGAAGAUCAUGGUCUGCAAGUAUGUCACGAUUGCUUGUGCGAUUACACCUUCAUGGACGACCUUUCGGAUCAAGGUAAGAAGAGCGGAAAGGACAUUGUGAAGUCGAAGCUUAUUCGCAAUUUCGUUGAUGAGGUUGAGAAGUUGGCAGCUUGUGGUGUGCAAGUUCUGUGGAAGAAGGUGCCUAGAGUUCUAAACUACGGGGCGGAUCUUCUUGCGAAGGAUGCAGCUGUUGUGUCGAGAGGAGAAGUAAGGCUCGUCAGAUGGGCUCGAGAGGCCGAGACUGGUGGACUGCCUUUGAGGAGGCAUGGAUGA